GCUAGGGUUCUAAGCAUGGAAUUGAUCCUACCAAUCGGACACAGAGCUGUUGGCUGUCACGGGGCGUGGCUACAAUGUCCAUGGCUGGAGAGUAACUGUAUCAAAGGGAAAGCAUUUGAGAUGUUGCCUACAGCUUAUUAUCUUGCUGUUUACCUUUUCUGCUGGAACUUUACAUCACGGGAAGUCCAUGCCUUGGACUAUUAUAUGGCAGCUGUGUAUGAACAUCAUGCAAUAUUGAACCCCAACGCUACAGCUUUAUCUGACCGCAGGUCUGCGCUGGAGUUUAUGUCAAAAAAUCUAGAUAUUUAUGAAGCUCAAGUGACUGUUGCUGCAAAAAAAGGUGCACAGAUAAUUGUCUUCCCUGAAGAUGGAAUCCAUGGAUUUAACUACACUAGACAAUCCAUUUACCCGUACUUGGACCAAAUCCCUCCUUCCCACUUAUUACCAUGGAAUCCAUGUCUGGAGCCUUCCAAGUUCCUUGACACAGAGGUUCUCCAACGCUUAAGUUGUAUGGCAACAAAGGGCAGAAUGUUUCUGGUUGCAAACCUGGGAACCAAGAUGUCAUGUAAACCUUUGAAAGCCCAAUGUCCAUCAGAUGGAAGAUUCCAGUUUAACACAAAUGUGGUGUUUAAUGACAAUGGCACACUCAUUGCCACCUAUUUUAAGCAAAACUUGUAUUUUGAAUUUGGCUUUGAUACACCUCCCGAGGUCCAGCAUGUGGUUUUUGACACUCCAUUUGCCAGCAAGUUUGCCACUUUUACAUGUUUCGAUAUCCUGUUCUUUGAACCUGCGGUGAGCCUGAUCGAGAAGUACAACGUAAAGCAUGUUGUGUACCCAACAGCCUGGAUGAAUCAGCUGCCGCUCUUGUCUGCCAUUCAAAUACAGAGAGGCUUUGCAUCUGCUUUUAACAUUAAUUUUAUCACAGCAAACAUUCACCACACAACACUUGGUAUGACGGGCAGUGGGAUAUUUAGCCCCUCACACUCAUCCUACCACUAUGAUAUGACAAAUGAAAAUGGUACUCUUAUUUUGGCAAAGCUGCCAGUGAACCCAUCGGAAGAUGUUAUUGUAGGUCCCAAGGACCAGAUUUGGCCAGAGAACAGUGAGGUGGUAUACAGUAAUACAUUAACUAAACAUCAAGUUUGUGAAACAGAAGAAACAGAGGAGACCUGUGGGCGAGACGUUAACACUGACCAGAUUCCACAUCCUGUGUUCUAUAGUGAGAUGAUGUAUGAUAAUUUCACUUUUGUUCCUCUCUUGGAAAAUAAAGGAAUGCUGGAUGUUUGUGCUGGAACACUCUGCUGCUCUCUGAAGUAUAAGAAAACCAUUUUAUCUGAUGAACUGUAUGCUCUAGGUGUAUAUGAUGGUCUUCAUACGGUGCAUGGCACAUAUUCCCUACAGAUCUGUGCUCUGGUGAAAUGUGGUGGACUGGAGCCCAGUACUUGUGGACACGAGGUAACAAAUGCCGACAGUGUGAUAAAUCUCCAGCUGUGGGGGAAUUUUAGCACCAAGCACAUCUUUCCUCUAUUGCUUACAUCAGGUGUAACUGUACAAUUACCUGACUUCAGCGGCUGGAAAGGCAAUACGUUCUAUAUGAAUGCUAACAACAUGUCAUCUAGCCUAUUGACUGCUGCUUUGUAUGGACGGUACUAUGAAAGAGACUAAGAUUUAAUGUGCAUUAACUGUGUACAAACUGUGGAAACCAGUAUUUUGUGAUUUGUAAGAUUUGUGGGCCAGCACAGUAAAUUAUAUAACUACUCUGAGGAUUAGAAUGACUAUUGAACUGCGCAUCAUAAACAAAGCUGUUUUGU